CAAUUUACAUGGUACUCUGCAGAACGGUUCUAGCCAAAAGGACAGGUGUCUUCUUUUACAGCACUUAAGGCGUGUAGUAGAAAAAGGCCACGGACUGAAAAAGGAUGGAAGGUAGAUUAAUGAUGGGAAAACCAUUCCAGAGUUGUAACAAUUCUGCUUUAUUUCUUUCCAGUGAUAAUUCACAGGUUUUUCAGCCUUAUGUCUUACGAACCCGCAGGAACAGCACAACAGUUAUGAACCGGCAUAGCAUGCUGAUACCAUCAUCUCCGAUCCGUAUCCCUAGUAGUCGACUCCAUCAGAUCAGGAGGGAGGAAGGCGUGGACCUGAUGAACAGAGAAACAGCCCAUGAAAGGGAAGUGCAAACAGCAAUGCAGAUAAGCCAGUCAUGGGAAGAAAGCUUGAGCCUGAGCGACAACGACUUGGACAAAUCCGAAAAAUCUUCCUCUCCAAAGAGAAUAGACUUCAUUCCUGUUUCUCCAGCUCCUUCGCCCACCAGAGGUAUAGGAAAGCAAUGCUUCUCACCGUCUCUGCAAAUGUUUGUGAGCAGUAACGGAUUGCCUCCGAGCCCUAUUCCUAGUCCCACGAGGAGAUUUUCAAAGAGGAGUCAGAGUCCAAUCAACUGCAUCAGGCCCAGUGUACUUGGUCCCAUUAAAAGAAAAGGUGAAAUGGAAACUGAAAGCCAGCCAAAGAGACUUUUCCAGGGAACCACGAACAUGCUUUCUCCUGAUGUCACCCACCUGACCGACCUCAGCUCAUGUUUGUCUUCGGAUAUCCUGGAUGGGAGCACCAGCAGCAUCAGCUCUUCCUCCGACUCCUUGGCCAAAGGCAGCACCACCGCCGAAUCGCCCCUCGCAUGCUCCAACUCCUGCUCUUCCUUCCUCUUGAUGGACGACCUUUCGCCCAAGUGACUUUUCCCAGGGGAGGGGUCGACAUCUGCUGACUCUCUCAACUCUGCACAGGCGCUGAGAAAAUUGAUGGGAAACGAAUCCUCCAGGACCUGAGGAUUUUAAGUACUGAGUGGAAAUAAUGAACGCGACUUUUAAUUCUUGGCAACUUCUCCGAGUGGGUUUUGAUGAUCUUUUUUUUUCUCUUUCGACCGACAUGCCAGGCCCUUAACGAUUGGUCCUUUUGGCUGUCUGGUUCUGCGGCUUUUUUUAAAAAAACAACAACCCAACCCCGUUAUUUUACUCGUAUCUGUUGAGAAUCAUUACUAUCUUUGCUUUAAAAAGAAACCGCAAUGCUUUUUAGAAUUUUUCAGGACAAGCACCUAAUUUAUAUGAGUGUGAAAAUGGUAGGCGGGGGAGCCUUUCACUGUUGCUAUCAUGGUCGUGGGUUCUGGAGGUAGCGGAUGGGGAUGAGGGAAUUGUUAGAAAACUGUCCUUGUUCAACAUGCUUUUUUUUUUUUUUAAAGAAUAACCUAGAUUGCUCUAGAAAUUCAUUUAGGGGGAAGAAAUGAACUGUUUCUGAUGGACAAGGGCGCAUUCUGGGCCUCCUCCCCUCUUCUUCCCCCCCUUCGUUCACAAUACCCCUAAAAGAAUUAUUUAAUAGGAGGGCCUCCUUUAUUUCUAGUCGCAUCUUCUACUUCUUCAUUUACAGAGAAGAGGUUGCAAAAUUGCCCUUUGUGGUUCAAGCAGCGGCCGCCACUGUCCCCUUUGGGGAGCCUGAACACUUUGUGAAGGCCGGCUCCGUUGCAGCAGAGUAUCCAUAGCGGACGGAGGAGGAUUGAACUCGUCCGCUGCGUCUCGGGUUGCACUGAGGUGGCGUCCAAGGCUGCAGGGAUGAUGACCGGUGGCAAAAAAAAUAUUUGGGGGUGGGUGGGAGAAGGGGAAAGGGGGCGAUUGUUUCGGCUAUCAAGUAGAGUACGUCGAAUAGUCGGUGUCUCCCGCGGCACUGAGCAACGUUUGUGCCUUAGGAGACCUAGUAAAAAAAUGGAAGAAUGUAAGCAAAGGAUCUGGGUGGAGGGGAAAGGCUUUAAGGAGGAAAUGGGGAGGGGGGCUCAUACCAGGUGCUGCUGCCCUCCUGCUGCUCUUUGGUGGUUCCUGAGGGGCUGGAAGGGGAGGAGAUCCUCCCACCUCUCCAGGGUGAGGUUUGCCUGGAAGGCAGCAGCCACAAGACCUGCUGAAUGGCCUGAAAUACGUUCGUUGGGCUCAAAACGCAAAACUGUUGGUCCACGAGGAGAGCUUCCCUUUAAGCCAGGAGGAGGGACAACCUGUAGUAGCUUAGCUAUGUUUGGGCUACAGCCAAUGGUUUAUUUACGUCUUGAGAUCUUAACCAGGCUUAACCAACAGGAAAGAGAUCUACUUGUAAUCUACUGUGUUAUGCUAUUUAUUAUUUAUAACUGUAAAAAAAAAAGUCUGGUGUUGAAUUAUA